AUGAGUGUGGGGGAGCACAUGAAGCUCUUAGGUGAAUGGGUUUGGCGGUACACUAUGGUGCUGUUCACCUGUGGGGAUUACCUCGGGGAAAAGACAAUAGAACAACACAUCAAAAGCGAGGGAGAGGCACUCAAGUGGUUAAUAGAAAAGUGUUUGAACAGGUACCAAGUAUUUAACAACAGGGACGAGAGUAACUUAUCUCAGGUCACAAAGUUGCUGCAGAAGAUCGAAGAGAUGGUGUGCUACAAUGGUGGCAGUUACUACAAGGUAGAAGAGCAUAUUUUCCGGGUCAUCAAAGAAAAGCAAAAGGAGGUAGCUGAGAGGGCAGAAGAGAGAAGGAAGAAGGCCGAGGACCAAAGACAGCACAUGAAAGCACUGAUUCCAGAAGAGAUGAAACGUAUCCCAAAACUGCUCCUGCAGAUGAUUCUUCUGGGAAGCCGAAAUGUUGGGAAAACCUCUGUAGGGAACACCAUCUUGGGGUACAAAGACCAGGAAGAUGGAAAAAGAACAGCAAAGUCUGUUGCCCGCCGGGGUUUUGUGGAUAAAACUGAAAUCAUUCUUGUUGACACACCAGGCUGGUGGAAAGGCUUCCCUGUGUUCGACACUCCUGAAGCGAUCAAAGAUGAACUGAUGCGCAGCAUGUUUUUGUGCCCUCCUGGGCCCCAUGUCUUCCUCCUGGUGAUAGAUGCAGAUGCAUCAUUUAAUGCCAAACACUUAAACGCAGUGACAUCACAUGUGGAGCUUCUUGGUGAUGGAGUGUGGAGACACACUAUUAUAGUUUUUACCAGAGGAGACUGGCUGGGAACAAACAGCAUAGAGCAGUACAUCGAAGGAGAGGGGGAGGCCCUACAGUCUCUAGUUGAACAAUGUGGAAAUAGAUAUCAUGUAGUUGAUAAUAAGAAUGCAAGUGAUGGUACACAAAUCUCAGAGCUGCUGCAGAAAAUCACUGAGACUGUGGCAGCAAAUGGGUGGGGCUACUUCAUUCCAGAACAGCAGAUUUUUCGGACCAUCGAAGAGAGAAGAAGGAAAGUGGAAGAAGGAGCAAUGCUGAGGCAAAGUCAAGUCAAGGCCACACGAGAAUCCCUUGGAGUUUCCAGUAAUAAGCUGCAGGAACUGAGAAUAAUACUGCUUGUGAAAGGAGACAGCUCAGCAUCAUCUGCCAUCAACUUUGACAAAGUUCUUAGCUGGUUGUCUACAGUUCAGAUCGACACAGACGAGGAGAAACAGCUGACUCACAUGUCAGGAUACAGAUAUGUGCUGUCACCUGACAGCUAUGAGUUUGACUGA